UUCUGAGCUUCUAGAAAUCUGUCACAAGGAAUUCAACUUUUUUACCCUCUAUUUCGAGCCCCUGUCCUUUUGCUUCUCUCGCGUCACCGUCUCACCGAUUUGCUUUCUGAGAAGAGGAAAAGAUGGCAGGUUCCCAUGUUGCACAUGCUGUGUACAAGGGUCCAAGUGUAGUGAAGGAGAUACUGAUUGGGAUUACUCUUGGCAUGGUUGCGGGAGGUUUCUGGAAGAUGCACCAUUGGAACAACCAGAGGAGAACUAAGGAAUUCUACAAUAUGCUUGAGAAAGGUGAAAUCAGUGUUGUGGUGGAUGAGGAGUAGCUUUUCAACUCCCUUUGCUUCAGCAUGAAAUUGGUUUCUAUGGUAGCUUUAGAUGUUACUUAAGUAUACUUCUUUCUUGUUAAGGAGUGUAACAGAAAUUUUUUUGAGUUUCUUUGAGGAUAGUUUUAACUUGGGAAAUGCAAUGCUUUUGAAAUUUUAUAACACAGACUAGCAUAUUUGGCGUUUCGCAUGAGUAUGUUUUUGUGUUUUAUUGUCUGCUAUUGAUAUUUAGUGCUUU